UCUUCCCAUGAACGUCGCUGCGAGGAGGAGGGAGGUAUGUCGGAUGAAAACACAAACACGGAAGAGAAGGGCUUGAAAGAAAACAAUGAUCAGGAAAGAAAGGUGGCAGACAAAGCUGAGGAACAGGUCGAACAUGCUCCCCACGACGUUGGGCUGACGCAUCAAGAUAGUCUGUCAGGAGGAACUGCCAAUGCCACCCAGCAAAAGAUGAAAAUUGAUGUACUGCUGAAGCCUGCUGGAGAUGCUCCCAUCAUGAAGAAGAAGAAGUGGGCAGUGGACAGGACCAAGAGAGUCAGCUGGGUGUCUGAGUUCAUCAGGAAGUACAUCAAGUUAGAUAUCUCAGAGUCACUGUUUCUGUAUGUCAAUCAGUCUUUUGCUCCAUCACCAGACACAGAUGUUGGGGUUCUCUUUGAUUGUUUUGGGAGUGAUGGGAAGCUGGUCCUACACUACUGCCGGACCCAGGCCUGGGGUUGAGUCAACAUGACCCUGUGACCCGAUCGCUACAGCUGGACAACGCCUGUCAGCCCUGUGAAUUCAAUCUCCAGGCAUCAGUGGAAUGGAAGUCGAAUGUAUUGUGUGUCAGUGUAUUGUUUUAUGCAUAUUAUGAUUUACCUUAUGUUUGAAUGGCUUGUAUGUGAAUAAAUUGUCUCAAAUCUAA